AUGGCUCUGUUGAGACCUCUUCUUCUUGAUGUUGUACCUGCCAUUCAACAAACAGCUGCCUUGGCUCUUGGCAGACUGGCCAACUAUAACGAAGAUCUUGCAGAGGCUGUCGUGAAGGGAGACAUUCUGCCUCAGCUUGUGUACUCUCUAGCAGAGCAAAAUGUAAUGUUUCAGUCUUUAUUUCAUUUAUAUACACAGGGUUUUCAACAGUUUUGAAGUAGGAGUUGCGUUUAUUUGAGUAGGAGUUGCAAGGCCCGGAGGGCCUUGCUCUCUAGGGGGGUCUGGGGGCAUGCCCCCCCAGGAAAUUUUGAAUUUCUAGACUCUUGGAGACGCAUUUUCCCGCAUUUUGAGACGCAGAACUAGCAAAUUUUAGAUAUCGAAAAUGCUGAUAAAUUUUGAUGCUUUUAGUAACUUUAUUAACCACAAUAUUAGGGUACGCUUUAACCACAUUAUUACCUGCAGCAUCCUUUUUCUUUUUCUUGUUUGUCACUGUCAGGGACCACAUCUCCCGUAAACCACGCUGUCGCUUUUCUGCCAUUUUGCCGUGUUCUUGGAGACGAAAUGUGGCGUUUUAUAUAGAGUCGCUUCAGAAACCGCUAACUACAAUGUUCUCUGUAACUGAGACCCAGUCUUCGACUCGUCCUCAAUGUUUACUCAACGUAUUACGCAGAGAACGUAUUUUAAAAGCAGACUCAAGAUGUUUUGGCGAAAUUCUCCAGAAAAAUUUCAAGUUUGCUUGCUCGUAACAGCUUUGUGAACACUUACCACUUACCACUUUUUAUCAAAAGUUUUAUUUGUCAUAUAAUUUACCUAAGGGAAAGUAGGCGUCGCAAAUCAAGCCGACGGCUGAUUUUGAAAACACUGAUACAUGUAGUAUAUUCUACUAUACUGACUUACCAGUAGCUUUGAAAAGGGCAUUAAGUUACGUUCCUCACAUAAAGUAUACAGUGUAUAUCUUAGUGUUAAAAACUAUUACAGGUAUUUGGAUUUGUUUAAGAAAAUAAAGACGUUGCUUUCUUUACAAAUAUAAAUUAAAACCCUAACCAGAGUUCAGGGAAUGAAUGUGGCAGUAUUAUUUACUAUAAAUUUAAGGGGAUGAAUCUAACUCACCCAACAUGCAUUAACCCAAAGAAGCCAUGACAGGAGAUUUUCAAAUUUGUAUUGCUAUCCACAAUGUCUUGUUGUCACAAGCUGCAUGGAUAAAAGAUUACAUUAUAUAGGGAGCUCAAGCAAUGGUGAUGGUGAUGGCAACAAGAACGCCAAAAGGCAUUACAAUUGGAUUAGCAAAACAACAACUUUGCACGUGCAUCACACUUCUUUCCAUUUCUUUGCUGUCAUUGCGUGACUACAAUUUGAAAAUGCCUAAUUUCACAUUUUGUGGAGGACAUGAAUAGAAGACAACAACUUUCUUUUUCUUUUCCUGUACUUUGACACAGUCCUUUGAAAUUCAACUGCAGAAAAAUUUGCCAACAUUUGACUAAUUGAACAAAAUGGAAUGAGCGCGAUUAAGUUUGGGACAGAGCAAAUUCACUUUUUAAUUGAUGUUUUCAUAGCCAUCACUGUCGUAGUUGCUUAAGCUCCCCUUUUACAAUGCUAUCGUCUAGCAACACCCAGUGGCUCUUGGCCGCUAUAAACUUUUGCUCCUGGGCAUCUCAAGAAUCUUAGUAAUUUUCUCAAAUUGUAAUCAGAAUACAGCUGCAUGCGGCACCCUAGAUUUCACACGUUCCAACCACUGGGCUCCCUUCAAUUUUUGUUGCAGCACAGCCUUAAAAUGGUAUUUAAAAUUGAUAAAAAUCAAUAGUGGAUAUACAAAAUAAACGGAAGAAGAUCCUAGGUACAGUGUGGUUAAGUUAAUGUUAAGAAUAUUUGAAUGAUCACACAGAUUAUUUAUAAGACACCUUAACAACACCUAUAUAGUAUAAAAACUGAUUAAUUACACAAUUAAAGCAGAUUUUUAGAUUGAAACCUGUUUUCUUUCAUCAGCGAUUUUACAAGAAGGCAGCAGCAUUUGUUCUGCGAGCUGUAGCAAAGCAUUCACCACAAUUAGCACAGGUACUUUAAUAUCAAUGUCAAUCAUGCUGAGUGUUCAGUCAUAUAAAAUAUGUUCUUGAUUUCCAUGUUAAUCUAAGUCAUUUGUAAAAGCAUUAUUUAGGUACAAUGUGAUAUCAGUAUUUAUCUUGUUACCGUGACUAACUAGGAAUAAUAUGUCUUGUUUAUUAUGUGUAGGCUGUGGUGGACUGUGGUGCUUUGGAUGCACUAGUGAUAUGUUUAGAGGAAUUUGACCCAGGAGUCAAAGAGGCAGCUGCCUGGGCUUUAGGUUAUAUUGCACGACACAAUGCAGGUUUGUUAAAAUACAUGCUUUGGUGUUUAACACUUUAAAUACUGGAAAUGGGUAGUUAGAUAGACAGACAGACAGACAGACAGACAGAUAUUUUUUUAGUCACAGUAGUUUUAUCAGUGAAAGUGCUGGUUUACACAAAAGCCGAAGGUUUAAUUUGUGUAUUUUAAUAAGUUAAUGAUCCUGUAACUUUGGCCAUAAAUAUUCCAAGAAACUUCAGUCCAUUGACAAUAAACCCAACAAAGUUGCCAAAAAACUAAUCUUUGCAUCUCAAAAAUGUGGUUUUCGCCAAACACCUGUUAAAUUAACCCACCUGGUGAAAACUUUGUUAUUGAAUUCGGUGUAAUUAUAACAACCAUCCUCUUCAACAAUAGCAUAUGAUAAGCUAAGGGAUCUGCUAAGUUGUCUAAUAAUUGUUUGAUAUUUUAGUGAUGUUAAUAGUUUUUUAUUUGCCUGUUCAGUGCUAUCUCAAGCAGUGGUUGAUGCCGGAGCAGUACCUCUGCUGGUUCUUUGUAUCCAGGAACCUGAAAUGCCUCUUAAGAGAAUUGCUGCAUCAGCAUUAAGUGACAUUUGUAAACAUUCACCAGAGGUGAGAGCAGGAUACAUGUAAUUAUGUGGCCAAUCAUGUUUCCUUCACAUGUGAGGGACCAAACAAAUGCAUGUGCAAAUCUACAUACCACCGUAUAAUUUGGCCCUCAAGGGAAUAAGUGUCCUAUUUCUCAUGUAUGAUUAAGACGGAGGGUCGUGGGUUCAAAUCCCAUCUGGGACUCGGAUUUUUUUUCCGAGUCCUCCUCAAAUUAAUAUCAUGUUGUUGUUGUUUCAUCUUUAAUAUACUCACUUUGGAGGUUGGUUGGCCGCAUCUUUGAUAUGCUUUAAGGUGACAGCGCGAUGCUGUUAGUGAGUUCUUCACUUCUUGUGUGCCUAUCAUUACUUGGCUGUGUAGCCGCGUGAUGCGGUUCCAGUCGAGACCCACAAAUUGGCCCUUGCUCACCAUAGAGUCUCCAGUAGCUCAAGUGGUUAGAGCAUCCGACUAGAUCACGGAGGGUCGUGGGUUCAAAUCCCAUCUGGGACUCGGAUUUUUUUUCCGAGUCCUCCUCAAAUUAAUAUCAUGUUGUUGAUGAUUAAGACUAUAACUUCUUUGACCAAUAUAUAUUGUCUAACCCCAAUUUUAGGGCAACUGACCUUGCUGCAAAUUUGAUCCAAACAUUUAGUGCCCUAUAGAGUAGUUCUUAGAAUUUUUACUUAAUUCAGAUAACUGGUCUGGGGUCUUUUAAAUUGUCUUUUAGAUGUACAUGUAAUUGCAAGUACCGUGUAUUGAAGACUUUGUUUGGCUUGAAACCUGCUGCCUACUUCAAUAAUUAUUAUUAUUGAAAUCCCUGCAUGUGCAGCCAAAUCUAGGGUAUAUUCACCCUCAAGGGAAUAAGUGUCCUAUUUCUCAUGUAUAUGGCUCUAUGUUUAAGACUAUAACUUCUUUGACCAAUUUGUCUAACCCCAAUUUUAGGCAAACUGACCUUGCCGCAAAUCUGAUCCAAACAUUUAGUGCCUUAAAGUGUAGUUCUUACAAUUCUUAUUUAAUUCUGAUAACUGGUCUGGGGUUUUUUAACUUGUCUUUUAGAUUUACAUGUAAUUGCAAGUAAGAAGAUUUUGUUUGGCUCGUGUAGAUCACUGCAUCCUGCGAGCAGUGCUUCCUUUUGUCUUCUUGAGUGAGGAGGAAAAAAUGAGGCUCUGUCUGAAUCACUUCAAACAAGUCAAUCUUGUUUACUCUCUCAAACUGGUUUUUUGAGUGCGAGCAUCCAUUUGUUUGUAAACCAAUGGUCAUAGCUAAACCUGAUUAGUUAAAAACUGUAUCCUUCAGUGUAAUAACAUGCCACGUAUGCUCAACAAAGAUCUUAUAUGUACUUGAUUGAUGCAGAAUUUUUCUCAAGUACACCAGAAUCGAGCAAGCAAAAAAAAGGCUCUGCUAGCAAGGUGGCAUCACCAAAUUUUCAGGCAAAAAUUUAAUAUGAAGUUUGCUCUUUUUAUUCUCAGUUGGCUCAAACAGUUGUUGAUGCUGGUGCCAUUGCUCAUCUUGCACAGAUGAUUCUUAAUAAUGAUUGUAAGCUCAAGGUAAAAUAAUAAUACUGAACUACAUUAAUAUAAAAAUUUUAGUUUGUUUGCAUGUACUUGAUGUACAACUACACUUAUACCUUAUUUUAAUGUGGCCCAUAUUAUAUCCAGAUUUCCACAACCAUACCUCUUUCCUGGCCAUACAGCUGAAUCUUUAUUCAUGGUUACAGUUCUUUGUUUUGCAUGGAAAAAUUUUGUUUCAUCAAAAAUUUUCAUUGCAUUUCAUUGCAUUGUGUACUACUAGUAUUAGUAGUACUAGUAUGUAGAAAAUCAGAGUGUAACAGGUUUGUUUCUGAAAGGGUCAAUCCAGUGGCAACUCAAAACUCAAGUCUUCAAAACACUUGUUUUGUCUCAUACCGUAAAAUUCCGAAAAUAAGCCCCUCCAUGUAUAAGCCCCUCCGAUUAUAAGCCCCCCAAACUUGUAACACAAAAAACCCUCCGUGAAAUCGCCCCUCCAAAUAUAAGGCCCCCGGGGGCUUGUACUUGGAAAAUUGCCCUCAAAUACAAAGUAAAACAAAGCAAAAACGGUAAAUUCCCUUCCAACUAUAAGCUAGCCAAAUCGAUUUUGAAACGCAAACUUCCCUCCGUACAUAAGCCCCUCCGAAUAUAAGCCCCUCCAAAAAUAAGCCCCUCAAAAAGGGCCUUUGAAAAAUAUAAGCCCUGGGGCUUAUUUUCGGAAUUUUACGAUAUAAGACUUAAUUCUCAAUAAUCGUUAGUCAGUUCUCAAAAAUUGAGCUCAAAGUGACGAGCAGCACUGUAUCUAUUGUUUUGUGUUAAGUAUGUAAUACUCUGAUACCUUUGUAAGUUUUAUAAGCAUUUGCCGUGAACACUUACAGAAUUCCACUUGAUGCAGGGAUUUUUAAAAAGAACACAUUUCCUUUUUUCAGCGACACGUAUUUUCUGCAUUAAGCCAGAUUGCUAAACAUUCAGUUGACUUGGCUGAAAUGGUAGUGGAAGCUGAGAUAUUCCCAGCGGUCCUUGGUUCUCUGAAAGGUGAGACAAAUAGGUGUAUAUUAAAUUGUUUUAUUUAUUUAUUAAAUCAUUAUUUAAACAGGUAUAUACUUGUCAUAGAUAUUAAGUUUGCUUGAAUUCCUUCCUUAUUCAUUUGGAAAGUUCUUCUAAGGCGGUUUUAGGCAAAAAUGUCACUUAUUUUGCAAAAUAUCUUGCAUAAAGAAUUUAACAAAAUUUUAGAGCCUUAAACCUGUAGUUUUAAAUUGAGUAGAAAAAUGACCACCUAUAGCGGAGAAACUAAUCAAAACAAACUAAACUGUGUAAUAAAUAUUUUGUGAUCUUUAUUUUACUAGACUCUGAUGAAUAUGUGAAAAAGAAUGUGGCAACACUGAUCAGGGAAAUUGCUAAGCAUACACCUGAGGUAAGCAAUAUUUUAACACGGCUGGUCACCCAAUCGACGACGCUUUGGUUCGGGGAAUGAUGCUCUCUGUAGAUAACGCGCAACGGAAGCGCCUAUAAAUGCGACUGAUAUUUCAACUUGGCACCAGUCAGCCGCGCGGUUUAAACUCCGACUUCCGUUUCCUCUAGGCCGCGCGCAGAGCCGCGCGUGCACUACUAAGCCUUUAAUUUUUAUUUCUAAUUUAUGGUGUAUAUAAAUCUUGCAACGGUUUCAACGAACUGGUAAUUCCACUGAUGAAGGUCCAGGCCCGAAACGUUUGGAAAGGAUAAUUAUAACGUAAACACGGCACUUUUGUUCAUGAUUUCUUUUUUUUUAAUGAAAAUCUUUGUUACUUCUAUUUUCUAAAGUGCUACACAGCUAAACGGAAAUUCUUUCGCCAUUUGUUGAUCAAUAUUUUUGACAGACUAUCAGUAUAAAGUGUGGUUUAAACUUGAUACUUGUAUUUUAGGACAAACAUUUAGAUCUCUGAUUAGGAUAGAUUAUUGUAAAUACAACCAUGUUUGAGACAUACGAAUUUCGUCAAAUUGACCUCGUAACACAGCACAAACAAAAUGGAAGCUAUCAUUUCAAAUUAUGUUAGCUGUUGUUUGUCUUGUACUAUUGCUUUUCUUCAGGGGCACCCAACGACUUUUUUCUGUGAAGUAGCCCUUUGAAGGAGCAAAGAGAUGCCUGGAAAUGACUGGAUAACCGUUCCACACAUCUAGGAUAAUCGGGAUUUUCUCCUAACUUUUUUUUCACAUUUUAUCAGCAAGAUAUUACAAUUUUUGUUGAAUAAAAGGUUCCAUAGGAUCUUCUAAUGAAAAUAAGGCUACACCAUGUCCUGGAACUUUUGACCAUACCCAUCAGGAUUAAAAAUUUGGGAUGAGAUGGAAAAGCCACCUAAAACUUUCGGAACACCCAAAGUUCCCCUAAGACAUUCAAACAGAUCAAUAGUUUUCAGGGCAGCUCCCCAUUAACCAAGAAAGGCUUCUAAAGCAUAGAAAAAAUUAUAUGAGAUACUUUUAACGUAUUGGGAAACAUUCGUUUGUUGGGUGCCCCCUGUUUCUUGCAUCCCUGCAUGGCGUUUUUGACACGCGUGGCUGUGUUAUGUUAUGCUCUGUUUCAAAGGUAGUUUAUUACUCAUGAAUGAUCUUUGUUCUCUCCAACUAUCUUCAUUUAGCUUGCUCUGCUGAUUACUAACGCUGGAGGUGUCGGAGCUGUUGUGGACUACAUCAGAGAAUCAAAAGGAAAUGUCCGCCUGCCAGGAAUCAUGAUGUUGGGAUAUGUUGCGGCUCACUCAGAAUCGCUCGCUAUNCUCACCUACCCCUGCCUUCAGCAUGUGUUUUGUGUGUUUGGUAUUUGUAUUUUGGAUUGAUUGUGUUUUGUUGUUUAUUGUUGAGUCGAUCUGGUGAGCGGGUGUUGGUGGUGUUUGUUUUGAGGGUGGGGGGGGGGGUGGGGGGGGGGGGGGGGGGGGGGGGGGGGGGGGGGGGGGGGGGUACUCGACCAAUAUUUGGGUAUAGGUGAGCCGCUGAGGGUUUGAAACCCUGACCCUGUUUUGGGACAAAAAAUUCCUAAAAUACAUGCCCUGUUUAGGACAACACCCUCAAUUUUAUUACGGGCUGUUUAGGACAAAGGACGCCAGAGAAAAUUCACGUUAUAAUCAUUGCUUUUGUAUUCUUGGAGAACAAACAAAAUUCAUCUAGCAAAUCAAAUCAAUUGUGCAGGCAAUACACAUAGCCUGUUCCACGCUCUCAGAUAGUGGGGAAGAUGCGAAGUAAAAGGCACGCGAAAAGUUGGCGGGGCGGGAAAAAUGUUCGCGCUUUCUCAAUUGAGCGGAUUGACAAAUUCACACGAAAUUAUAUACCCAGUUUGGGACAGAGAGGACAAAAACCAGACCCUGUCCAGCGGCACAUCCCCGUAUAUGCUAUAUAAGGGAAUAUCCCCUCGGGGGAGGGGGGGGUCGUGAGAUUUAUGUUUCCUUGAAGACAAUUUUUUUUCGAAACGAAUUGGAAAGAGAAAGCCCUUAAGCCAUUAAGGUAUUUUAGUAGUCAAGAGUAGUUUUGGUUCAGAUGUCUUGACUUGACUUAACAAGGGAACUCUUCAAAUCGGUUAUUGGAGGGAUUCACAAUGAAACGUGUUAAACACUAGUUUUUUACCAUCGCGUGAAAAGCUGAACGGGUUCAUGAUAUACUUUACUUUCAAUUUGUACACUUGAUAAACGCUGUCGUUGUUAUAAAAUGCAAUUAAAAAUAUCACAAAUCUCCCAAUUCGUUUUAGGAUCAAAUAGUGGGUUACAUCAGAAUUUCUUUUUUGUCUCUCUUUUUCAAUAAAGAGUAACGACAUUGUAACAUUUCACACAAGCAUUAUACAGUAUCAUCGUUUUAUUUUUUUUUUUCUGUAGGCUGUUACAGCAUUAGCGGCAAUUCUUGCGGGAAGCGGAGAGGAUCGCACUACGGAGUUAGGUGGGAAUGAGGAGGAUCAUAUCAAGGUAUUCGAGUCUCUUUUUACGGUGUUUACGAAUGACGGCGACAUCAGUAUGAAAACUAUGAUAAAAAUUGAAAUCAUUUUUUUACCUUAGGAUACAUUUCUUCGUCAUCCUCUACCAGCAGCUAUCUUUUGAAAUUCCUUACCCCGACGUCUUUAUAGAAGACGUUGACAUACGACAACGAAUUUUCAUUUCCUUUUCAAGCCUAGAUGCGCUCCUUAAGAACUCGUUUCAGACAAGUUCACUUUAGUUUUCACUGCCAUCUCCCUUGUGAAAGCUUGUGCUCUAAUAUUACAAAAUGAAUGUUGCAAUUUCCCCUCCAAUAGUACUAUUUUUUUUAUCCCAUAAGCUUGCCUUCUACAGUGCCCGUACAUUGUAGUUGUGUUUUUACAAUAGUUUGUGAUUGUACCAUUCUAAAUUCAUGUACUAAUUAAGAAUCUAAUCCAUGUUGUCACGUGCCAACAGGCUGCUAUUGCGUGGGCCCUGGGUCAGAUUGGAAGACACACUCCUGAACAUGCUAAAGCUGUUGCUGUCACCAAUGCCUUGAAUUCACUGCUACAGUGCUAUCUCAACACUGAAAGCUCUGAAGACUUACAAACUAAGGUAACGUGAAAAUCUAAUGAACAGAAAGACAACUUAAAGUCGUCAGUUCCACUUCGUUGAGUAGGUCUUAACUGUCACGGUGUCACACUGUAUUUGCAAUUAUUAAAGACUGAAUCAUUAGAUAAUGCAGUUCUAGAGCUCUGAUUGGCUUAGCCAUCAUGGUAUGAGCCAUUAUAGCGUGCUAUCCAAAAAUGGUAACUGUAGGCGUCUGCUGAAAUUUAAAAACAAGCUGAAAAUCGGUUGUUUUUACCAAUAAAGUCGGAAAGAAUUCUCGAUAUUUUGUGGGCGUUUAUUCCUCUCGCGCUUGUUCGAUUCCGUGCAGCAUUACAUCGGUAUUCGAGAUUAGACUGGCGUGGAAGGCUUGGGAACGUUUAACAAAAUAAUCAUUGUUGUGUAACUCAAGUUGAAUACAUACCUAAGCGAAAUGGAAGUAGAAAAUCACUUUCGGGGAGUGACUGUUAUCAAAAGUUCAAAUAGUAAAAUGCUGCCAAUUUGAAUAAAGCGGUUUUUGUCCAUAUUCGUGGUCCAGAAAAUGAAUAGCCUGUUCCAAAUAAUUUGUGAAGAGCGUCUAUAAAAGAGAGGAUGUAAGAUGAACUUCCGUUGAUGCGGAUAUUAACGUUAAACGUUAGGAAUUCGGAACACUUCGAAAAGCGGGUCCAGACAUCGCACAGCGAACCAAGCGUAAAUAACUCAAAAUUACAUACGGCAAAGUAAAUUGCAUCCUGCGGACAUUUCUCCUUUUUUCCAUUAUCUGGAGAUCUUUUUAAACGGUAAAACAGGCUCGCCUAUAAUCUGGUACAGUAGGACUUUUCAGCCUUGUAGUUUGUAUCAACGGAGACACUCAGAUCAUCUUUUCCUCAUUGCUAUAUUCUUUAUUCUUUCAGUCCAAGAAAGCUCUCACCAACAUUCUUCAGAAGUGCGUUCAUCUGCCAGCCUUAGAACCCCUGUUAAGCGACGCCCCGCCCAACAUUUUAAAGCACGUUGUUGGACAGUUUGCCAAGGUUCUUCCGCACGAUGCUAAGGCACGGAAACUAUUUGUAACGAGUGGAGGACUUAAGAAAGUACAGGAAAUAAAUCCUGAGAGAAAUACGACCCUUAGUGAGCACAUCAAUGCUGUUAACAACUGCUAUCCUGAAGAGAUUGUCCGGUGGGUGACACUUGUAAACAUACCAAGUAAAGGGGCUGUGUCACGUCUGUUCAGUUAUCUUUUGUUUAUAUUGCCAAUCUUAAUAACUGUCUUUACUCUUAUAGGGACGAUUUGCCGAAAAAUUUGGGCAAAAGCAUUGCCCAAGAGUGCAAAACGUCCAUUUCCGGUUGAAGUGUGUAAAUGUCUUUGUUUAAGUUCGAUAAUUACAAACCAUGCCUAUACAACUGCGUUAAUUGUUUUUAUGAGCACGAAAAUUGCUUUGCUGUACUUAUUCAGAUUAAAUUUUUAUGGCUAUUUCAGAUUAGGACACGAUUUUAGGAAUGUACCCAGGUACCCCUCUCCUAAGUAAGAGGUUAUUUUUAACAUUGUGCUAGGGGAGGAGUUGGUGGACAAUUUGCCAGAAUCUUCUUCUUAAUUUUGCUACAAAUAGAAAUCAUUAACCUCCCCCGAAUGUAAAUUUGCCCGUUCAGAACUGGCAUCUUUUUGAGGACGUAAAUAGCGCAUGUAGCUUGACACUUGAUAGCCGGAGAAAACCGUCGACAUUUAACGAUGCAACCACUAGUUUCCCCGCGAAAUGUGGUCUGAGAAACAGCUACAGAAAUUCCAUACUGAUGAUUUGUUGCUUCUGAUUGGUUGAAGCAAAUUUUCCACACGCACGAUCGACGAUCAAUCAGAAGCACUAUCCAGAUCUGGGUAGUUACACGUCAUAAGUACGGAAUUUCUGCGCCCGUUCCUCAGAAGUCAUUUUCCCAAGCUAGAAACUUUACAUCAGAGUUAUCUAUACUAUCCUUUCUUCAUGUUUACUGAUCUACUUUUGUUUGCUUGUUACAGAUAUUAUUCACCUGGUUACGCCCAGACACUCCUUCAAAGAGUGGAGCAAUACCAUCCUUAAAUUUCCUCGUUCGCUUGUUUAGAUAAUUUCAUUAACAUGGAACCAAGACUAUAAAAGCAUGUUUUUGGUUAUUUUUAUUAUUUUCAUUUACUGAUUCAUGGACAAGUUAGAUGAGAGAGUUUUCCAACAAGUUUCUCAAUCUUUUUAUCCUCUUUAGUACUUAGUCAUAUGUCACGGAGGAAGAUGGAUUGUAUUUUGGUCC